AUGGUGAAGGCAGUUGCUGUCCUCGCUGGCCCUGAUGUCAAGGGCACCAUCUUCUUUUCCCAAGAGGGAGACGGUCCGACCACCGUGACUGGAAGUAUCUCUGGCCUCAAGCCGGGGCUCCAUGGGUUCCAUGUGCACGCGCUUGGUGACACCACCAACGGCUGCAUGUCCACUGGGCCACACUUCAAUCCUGCUGGUAAGGAGCAUGGCGCACCAGAAGAUGAGAACCGCCAUGCCGGUGAUCUUGGGAAUGUGACAGCGGGAGAGGAUGGUGUUGUUAAUGUCAAUAUUACUGACAGCCAGAUCCCUCUCACUGGGCCACACUCGAUCAUUGGCCGAGCUGUAGUUGUCCAUGCUGAUCCUGAUGACCUUGGCAAGGGUGGACAUGAGCUUAGCAAGAGCACUGGAAAUGCUGGCGGACGUGUUGCCUGUGGUAUCAUUGGGCUCCAAGGCUAG